AUGGGUAUUCUCGACGGCCAAAUUCCGCUUGCACAAUUACGAUGUCAGGACGACGGCCUUCCUAGUGAUUCUUCUAUUGCGCAGAAACGUACCGAAGAAUCUGUAUUGGAACAUUAUGUACCUUAUGCACCCAACAAUGUCUAUCGUCAAUCACUCGAGAGUAUACGACUGGAAAGGGAAAAUCACGUACCAUAUCUGAAACGCGGUUUAAACAAUUUGAGCCGUUGGAUGGUUUCUUUGGAUGCGAGUAAACCUUGGUUGACGUAUUGGAUCUUACAUUCUCUGGAUCUCCUCGAAGCCGAAAUUACCCCGGAAAUUAUUGAAAGGUGCAUAUCAACACUUGCAAAAUGGCAGCAUCCAGAAGGCGGCUUCUCUGGUGGUCCGGAUCAAAUUGCACAUCUCGCAACAACUUAUGCAGCCGUCAAUUCAUUAGCGAUUCUCGGGACCAAAGAAGCAUAUGAUGUAAUUGACAGAGAAUCCCUGUACGAGUUUCUUAUGCGUAUGAAACAACCAGACGGAUCCUUUACAAUGCACACAGGCGGCGAAAUUGAUAUUCGAGGGUCUUAUUGUGCGCUCUCAGUAGCCACAUUGACGAAUUUACUGACACCCGAACUGACAAAGAACUGCUCUGAUUUUAUCUGCCGGGCACAAACGUAUGAGGGAGGCAUCGGACCCUACCCGGGAAAGGAAGCGCAUAAUGGAUAUACUUUCUGUGGAGUGGCUGCUAUGGAAAUUCUUGGACAUAUGGAAAAGUUCGAUAUGGAUAAACUAAUUAAAUGGUGUAGUGAACGACAAAUGGGAUUGGAGGGUGGAUUUCAAGGACGCACAAACAAAUUAGUGGAUGGCUGUUAUUCCUUCUGGGGCGCAGGUAGUUUUCCCCUAUUGCAUACUGAAAUGCUACGUCAAGGAAAAGCUCAAGGCUUCGAUUAUAUGUUUGACCGAGAGGCAUUACAAGAAUAUAUUCUUCUCUGCUGUCAGUCAAAAUAUGGAGGUCUUAUUGACAAACCGGGAAAAGGAGCAGACUACUAUCAUACGUGUUACUGUCUAUCCGGUUUAUCCACUGCUCAGCACCUCAUUACCCCCAAUCUUAAAAAGGCGCAAUUAAUUCGAGAUCGAGGUGCGAGCUCUUUGGCUGGAGGCAUUGCGUCGCUCAUGUGGACUUGUGCCAAUGAAUUUACGGCCAUGGGCGAAGUUGAUAACAUUUUGGCACCUACACAUCCUAUUCAUAACAUCGGAAUGGACAAGACUCGAUCCAUCAUUCAUUAUUUCUAUCGCGAGGAAAUCGAUCCGAUCAAAGAUAUUCUUCCUAAAGAUGAAGAACCUGCCCAUGAAGAAGAAGAAAAAGAAGAUCAUGAAGGUGGCAAAAAGAAGAAAUAA